GAAGGGACGCGAUAACUCACAGACAAUGAUCCGAGGCAGAACGGCAAAGGGUCCAAGAGCAGCUCGUCAGAGACCACGGUCCGAUCUGACCUGAUCUGUGCGAUGAUUGGUGGAGCAGCAGGGGCUCCGUUGCUGUAUCCCCCCCGCCGGGAUUUUUCCCCUCUCGCCCUGCGCACCUCGAACCACAUCUCGCCUCUACCGCUGCUGUGUCGCUGGAUAGAUUGCAGUAACGCCCUCCUCUGUCGUCACGGACGACCCGACACUCCUCUGUCAAGAAAACUGAAGGGUUGCUAUUGCCGUUGCCUUCCGAAUCUCCACCUCUACCUAGACGCCAUACACGGCGGCUUUGCACGGAGAGUAGAUCAGCGGAGAGAGAAAGAGUUGCUGGAGCAAUAUGGCCGGCGCGAAGCGGACGUGCGGACGAACAGCCGUGGCUGUGCUGGCGGUCGCCACUCUCCUCGCCUCUGACUGUGCGUCCGCCCAGGAGAUGCCCGGCAAGGGAAUGACCUGCUGGGACAAACGCGAGCUGUGCGACCUGAACUGCGUGUACGCCACCACGGCGGAGGAUGAGGACUUCAACCUCACGGACUGCAGCACCGGAUGCAUGACCGCACAGGCUGCGUGCACGGACAGCGCCGAGACGCUGGCUUACGUGGAGGCGAGUUGCGCCAAGGAUUGCACGUUGACCUACGACGGGUCCUUGACCAAGUGCAACCAGAAGGUGUCGGACCAGACGAAGAACACCUACGGCGCUAACCUUGAUGCUUGCGCGAACAUUGCCUCGGGGAUCAUGGACGAUUGCAUGGAGGACUGCUACGGAGAAGACCGUUUCAACGGUUGGACUCCUAUGAAGGAAGAAGGCAAGGACGCCAACGGUAUCGACUUGCCCGGGUUGGACGACGGCGUGUGGAGACGCCCCUUCCGUUCCGAGUCGGUCAUCUACGGCCGCCUCAGGGGGGAGUUGGAUCCCAAGUAGGCAGUGACGUCGGUCUGAUGGGAUCGAUAGGUUGGUCGGGGUGGUAAUGGUGGUGGCGUAGUUGGAUCUUGAGCAGUAGUGACAGAUGGGUGAUGGUGGUUCGAUAGCUAGCUUGGUCCUGCCGCGUCCUGCCGCGGUUGUUUGUAGCGGUGACGGGGGUGGGGCGAGGCGGCGUCUUGUAGUGGACCCGAUUUUUAUGCCGCCGCGAAGUUGGCUGGAUGCGUCCUUGGAUCGACGGGUUGGCAGCAGUGCCUGUGGUGCUGAGGAAGAACUUGUCUGGGGCAUGGCAUGGCAUGGCAUACAGCGUAGCAUGUUGUGUCAUUCCAUUCUUUCGGAAGAAACGCGGUUUCUGUUUUUUGGUGAGAAAAAUGCGUGCAUGUCAAACGCCAUGCUUCUUUUCGGGAGAAACACGUUUCUUUUUGGAGAGGGUAAAGCGCAUUUCCGCAACAGCAGGUGGUAGUGCCCUCCUUUUGCCGUUGUAACGGCUUUGUCUUGCAUUUCGUCGGUGCUUUCUUUGCUAUGUAUUGUAAUAUCUGUGUUUCGGCGGGUUUUUUUUUUCCAGCAUGGGUGGGUCUUGACUGGUGCGAGCUAUUGAUCUGUGUCGGUUAGGUUUCGUGGUCCACAAGCGAGUUUUGGACUCCCAUGUCGGAAUAUUCUGUUGUCUCUAACAGGCUGGUCGCUAUUUUCACAUUCAUGACUGCCUUUGGAUGGUAAGUCCUUUCGUUGGGAUAUGUAUUAUGUGGGGGGAAGGGAGCCGCAGCCCCGUUGUAUGUUCGUUCACGUACCCUUUUCAUUUGGCCCCUCACAUAUAUAAGGGCCUUGAGUUCAUGGUGAUGACUGAGUGUGGUGUAUUGGGUAGGCACCCCCUGCUUGCCGUUCUCUUGCAUGUAACGUUGGAAGGGCCUCAGUGGCUCUUGCCGGGGUGGGGAGGCUCUGAGGUACCGCCACGACACACGCCCCAGCCCGGCUUUCAAAGCUCGAUUCAUCAACAGCAGAGACAUUUGGCGGUGCCGAAAAAUGGCGGCUUUGAAGCCUUCUGGCCGAGAGCUCUCCGAAAAAGUAUCGUUUCGUUUGUGCAUCCUCUUGGUUCGUGGUGUAAUCGAGCUUUGAAAAAUGGGUCCAGGGGGGUGUGUUAUCUUGUGUAAUACACGGGGGAGGUCUGUCUGUCCCCUGUUCUGGCUUGUUCGCUUUGGGCAAUGUUGACGCGCUGCCAGGUGUUCAUGUCCGGUGUUGAGUGUGCUGCCACAUGUUACGUGUUCGUUCCUCCCGUCGGCACGGCGGUGUUUGUGGUUCUCGUUGGAAGGAGGAACUGUCGCACCCCCAGCCCCCCCUCCCUCCGUAUCCUUUUUUCCGACCCAGUUUGGUGGGAGCUUGUUGACUGCCCUUGUAUUGGCGGAAGCUCAUUCUCGUAGAACAGAGGGCAGGUUUCAUGCAUGCCACGGCGGACAGGUUGAGAGUUUUGGAGAGAGAGAGGUGGUUUGAGUGCGCUUUUUCUUGCUUUUGGAUGAACCCUAUGAAUGAAGUGUUCAUUUUAACCCUUGGGGGGGGGGUGGGGGGGAAGGUUUGCUGUGUCUUGUCCGCUACAGCGCUCCCCCGCAAAGUACGUUCCGAAAUGAUGUCCCCAGUCAGAAUACUGCAAGCAUACAUGUGAUAACCGAUUUUCCCUCAUGCAUCGUCACCAGGCAUUGGUCUUUUAUGUUUCUGUGAAUCGGUGCGCUCCUCGAGUGAGACAGCAAGGACCACCACUCACUUAACAACGUAAUUAUUUCAACCCGAAAUUAGUUGGUGAAGUGAAAGUGUCGGCUACCCUCGUCAACGUCACCGGGGAUGGCUUUUUCUUAGGACGUCCUAGUCGGCCGCAGCCAGUUGGCUUGUGGCCACGGAAGGCGUCCGCGUC